AUGGCAAUUCAAGAGAUGUCUGUUCCAACAUGUGAAUCCAAGAAGCAUCGCCUUUCAAUUCCCGACCACCUUCUACCUGGACUAGACCGCGAAUGGGUCACGCUGUGGGAGAAGUAUGGAAGUCAGAUGGUGAGAGCAGACGAAGUGUCCAUCGAAGAGUACCGAAAAAAUGCACGGGCGCAUAGCUUUACCUAUCCUACAUUCUCAGGUCCCCCCGUCUAUCACGUUGAAGACUUACGGAUUCCCGUUUCCCAACCAGCUGGGAUAAUUACGAUCAGGGUCUAUACUCCUGAAGGCCCUGGCCCAUUUCCAGUGCAUCUGAAUUUCCAUGGGGGUGGCUGGGUGCUUGGAAACCUCAACACUGAGGCGGCAUGGUGCCGUUACAUCUGUAAUAAGGUACACAUAAAGGUGAUUGAUGUUGAUUAUCGACUCGCUCCCGAAUUCCCUUACCCGAUAAGUAUCUACGACUCAUGGGAAGCUGUGAAAUGGACGAUCACGAACGCCAGUAGCAUGAACAUCAAUGCCUCCAGUGUUUCCAUUGGUGGUUUAUCCGCUGGAGGUCAUAUGUCGGCAGUAAUGGCCCAUUUCGCACGUAAUGAAGGGGUGGACCUUAAGCUUCAGUUACUCGUUGUUCCAGCAACAGAUAUGCGCUACUGCUUACGGAACUUUCAAUUGGACAGUAGAAACUGUGCGUAUGCGAGUGUACUGUCAUAUCACGAUGUACCUUGGGGGCCGUUGGGAAGGGAACAAUGGUUUAUCAAGUACUGGAUUGGAGAGGAUGAGGACAUACAAGAGAAAGUUCUGAAUAACGAUUGGAUUUGCACGCCAGUCUUGGCUCCUUCCUUCAAAAACCUCGCAAGAGCACAUAUCAUUACUGCCGAGUUCGAUCUUGAGCGGGAUGAAGGGGAAUUCUACGGGAGGAUUUUACAAAACGCAGGAAAUAUCGUUACCAUGAAGCGUUAUGCCGGGAUGCCCCAUGCAUUUGCUCAUUAUAAUCAUCCUGAAAGAGGAUUGUCUCAGAGCUUUGCAUAUAUUGAGGAUACUAGUGAAGUAAUCCGAAAUGCGCAUUUUGGGAAAGAUGAGGGAGAAAAAUCUUCGAAUGAUGUCACUAUUUUCGAAGUGAAUCAUGAGAUGAAGGAGGUACUGUCAUGUUGA